CUAACUUCAUAAACACAUGGUUCGCUUUUUUCAGUGCGCUUACCGGUACUUUUACUUGAUAGUUGAAAUGGUUUGCGAAGCAUGUUAUUAAAAAAAUAUUAUAUUGUUAAAAAAAAGUAAUGUGUUCCUAUACCUUAAUUUUGUGUAAUACCUUUAAUUGUUUAUUAAUAAGGCGAUCUUUUUAGAGCUUGUAAAUUACUACGGAAUAGAAAGACAUUUAUUAAAAUUAAGAAGAAAUCUUCUAUAGUAGUGAAUACUAACAUGAGUCCUAGUCAAAUUAAUUUAUUUUCAACUGAUGAUUUAAAUAUAUCAGACCAAAGCUUGAAAAGAUCAUAUUCAGAUUCGAUUGAAAAAGAAAAUCCUGUACAAAACAAUUUUUAUGGGCGAAAAAAAAAGAAGUCUUUCAGUCAAAAAGAUAUUGAUAAAGCAGUACAAACAUCAACUAGUGGAUAUAUGACAAGAUGUAGAUUACUUAAACAGUUAAAAGAAAACAAUGAAUUAAAUCCGGCUGAUGAUGUAAGAACUGUUUCUAAAAUUGAAGGUACUAAAUCAAAAAGGAUUUCAGGGAAAAAAAAUGGAAAAGGCAGAAAAAUUAAAAAAAAAGGCCAGAACAAUUCAUUUAACUAUGUUUUCACUCAUGAUAUAUUUUCAAAAAAUGAUAUAUAUCCUAAAAAGAAAAAAAAUGUUAUUCCUUCAUUAUUUGAGUCAGAGUCAGAAUCUGAAGAUGAUAAUAUCAAACUAAUUAAUAAUUCAAUUGAAUCUCAUGUACUUGAUAAAACAAAAGUUUUCGAACAUAACUUAGAUUCUGUACUUCCAAGUCUAAUUUCUAAAGGCGGUGAUGUGAAAACCUACACUAAUAAAAAGACAAUCUGUUCAAAAAUUACUGAAGCUUGUGAAAAGCAAUCUAAUACAUCUGUAGAAAAAAAGUUAAAUUCAAUCCAUGAUUUACAGUUAAUAAUGAAUGAACCAUUAAUAACGAAUGAACUUAACUAUUCAUCAAAUCCAAUCUCCAACCUUCUAGUCAAUACUAAAUCAUCUGUUAAUACCAAAUAUUCAUCUCUUUCAUCAAUAUGUAAAGAUACCAAGAAAAGCACAAAUAUAUUGAAAUUAUAUCCUGAAAUCUCAUCAGAAUGUUCAAGUUUAUCUAUGUUAAAAAGCUGUUUAAAUCCAAAUGAGCCUGUAGAUAUUUUAUCAAUGAAUGAUCAACAAAAAUCUAUUUCAGAUUCAAAUGACUGGAUAUUUAAUGAUUCUAAUGAUCUUGAACAAUUUGUAGUUACUCCAGAGUAUGUUAAAAAAUUAGAAGAAGAACUUAAAAUGGAAUCUAAAAUUACCAAUAGUACCAGCAAUAAAAAUAAAAUACAAGCUAAUGUCUUGGAAUUGCCCAUUGAACCUAAUCCUGAAUUUAAUAUAGAAAAAAUUCUUCAGGAUAAUCAUGAUGUUCAAUUAAUUAAAAAACCAGAUGUAUUUUCAAAGAAUAUCACAAAUUCCCAUAAUUAUGUAGAUGAAAACCCUUCUUGUAGUAUUUUUAAUGUUGAAGAAAUUUCUCCAUCUAAUGAUAAUAAAUCAUUGAGUAUAACAAAUAUUAGUGAAAAUAUUACAAAAAUUAUACAAGAAAGUAAAAAUGAUAUAUCGUAUUUACUUAAAGAUUCCAAUGAUGAAAGUGUUAAUGAAAUGAAAUCUCAGAAUAUUGAACUAUCUUUCAAAACUCUCAAUGAUUCAUUUCAUGAGUCUAAUUUAUUAACAGAUUCCAAUGGUGAAAGUGUUAAUGAAAUGAAAUCUCAGAAUAUUGAACUAUCUUUCAAAACUCUCAAUGAUUCAUUUCAUGAGUCUAAUUUAUUAACAGAUUCCAAUGGUGAAAGUGUUAAUGAAAUGAAAUCUCAGAAUAUUGAACUAUCUUUCAAAACUCUCAAUGAUUCAUUUCAUGAGUCUAAUUUAUUAACAGAUUCCAAUGGUGAAAGUGUUAAUGAAAUGAAAUCUCAGAAUAUUGAACUAUCUUUCAAAACUCUCAAUGAUUCAUUUCAUGAGUCUAAUUUAUUAACAGAUUUUUCUCUGUGCGGUAAAAGAAAGCAAUCACAAAUUAGUAUAUUUGACUUGCAUAAUGUUCCCAACCAUGAUAAUAAUUGCAAUGAUGUUAUUAAAAUACCUUUUAUAAAUUAUGAAAAACCUAUUAACUUAUUUAGUUCAAAUAAAAUUGAAGUUGUAGAAAUUCCUUUGUCUAUUGAUAAAAAAUGCAAUUGCAAAACAUUUUUUUAUGUAAAUGUUGAUAAUAAUAAAAUUUUUAAUUCAAAAUCAGAACAUCAUGCAUUUGAUAUUAACUUAAAAAAAUCUCGCAGUGAUAUGUACACUAAAAAGCAUAUAGAAGGAAAUAUUCUGCAUGAUUUAAUAAGUAAAGACAAGAAAUGCUUAAUCAGUCAAAUGAGAAGUUCUAAUUUUGAUAUUCCCUUACUAUUGGAAUUAGAAGGAAAAGAAAGUAUAUUAAAACCUCUGGAAAUUUCUCAUAAAACAACAGUGUCAAAUGAUAUUGAUCCUAACAUUUUAAGUAUUCUAAAAGAUGUUUAUGUGGAUAUUGAUUAUUUAUCUGAUAACUGUGAAACUCGUGAAAGAGACAAAACUCCUAGUAAGAAAUUGAAGUUCAAAAACACCUUUGAACCAAGUGUCACAGUUUUAACUCAUAAUGAGAAAAAAAAAUGUUAUACUAUAAACCCAUAUGAAAAUAAAGCAGUAAAAAAUAUGAAUUCUAUUUCACCAAAUUUUAAUUUAUCUACUAACAAAAAGGCUCAAAUUAAUUGUUCCAAAGUUAUGACUAAAGCACCACAAAUUAAUGCAGACAAGCAAACUAAUUGUUCUUCAUAUAAUGUAAAUAUUGAUAAUUAUUUAAAAAAUGCAUCUGGUAAUCCCUAUUCAGAAAAGUGUAAUUCAAAUAAACAAAAUUCACAGUUUUCUACUACUGCUAAGACAAUUGAACUGUCUGAAGAUGUCAAUACUUCUAUUAACUGUAGUGAAAAACUAUUAAUUAAAGAAAAAGAUGUGUCAAAUUUAUUACCAUCUUCAAAAUGUGAACAUUCUUAUAAUAAUAGUACAUUUUGUAAAGAAAAAUUCUUACCUAAAAAAUCAACACCACUUAAAGUUCAUACCAUUAUAGACAAGAAAGAAUCGUCAAAUGAUAACUCAAUGAUUGAUGUUUCAGAUACUAAACAAAAUUUAUCUACAUUAUUAAAAAAACCAACCUACAAAGAAAAGUCUUUUAAAGCAGAAAGUGAAAGUUCCAAUAUAUUAUUGCGUUCUAGAGAACUUAAAAAUUCAGGUACCUCAGAAAUUGAUAUUCCGUUAGAAAAUAGUCCAUCCAAAAUAUAUUCAAAUAUAGAACCAUCAUUCAAUAAUAAAAAUAGAAUAAAUACCAGUGUUAUCAAUGAAGAUCAAGUUUUUUAUAAAAGCAUUUUUGAAGUAAGAAAUAUUUCUAAUUCUAGUUCAGAAAAUUCGUUUGAAGAUAGUUCAAGUGAAGAUGAAUUGUUGAUCUCAGAAAGUUUAAAAAAUUCUACAUUCAAUACUUUUCAUAAAGAAUCAUUAUGCAGUAAAAAAGAAGAAAAUGAUUUUAAUAAUGAGUACAAUAAGUUUCAAAAAACAGAUCUUCAAGAUUUUUCUAUGGAUCGUAUGCACAAUGACAGUAAUGAUAUGCCAUUUAAAAUAAAUUCACAUUAUACAGAUAUUAAUUUUCAACCUGAUAUUUCUAAAAUUUCUGUUUCUCCUAAUUCUUCUAAAUAUGCUAAACAAGAAGUUGUUUGUGAUAAAAGCUUAGAUAAUGAAAAUAAUAAACUACCUUAUAAUAAUAUGUUUGAUCAAAAUUUCUGCAAUGUUUCAACGGAUAAUGAAAGUUCUGAUGAAGAAGGAAAAUUGCAAAUCGAAUGUCCAGUUGAAAAUUGUUCUAAAAAUGGGUCAGCUAAUAUUACUAGCAUGAAUUCUCAAAAUAUUAAUGAAAAUAACACAGAAAUAAACAAAAAUGUUUCAGAUUCGAAAAUUGAUAAUUCAUUUUUUGAAAAAGUCAAUGUGUUUUAUACAAAUGCCGAUUCAAAAAAAGAUUCUGAUAUUGAUAUAAUCCCUUUAGACAUAAUUGAUGUAACAAAUAAAUGCAUAACUACAGAUAAAAAUAAUAGCUGUGAACCAGAAAACAUUCUAGAUGACAAAUUGGCUCUGAAUAAAGAUAAUGAUUUGAAUUUUAUGUCCUCUGACUUGUCAGUUGACACAUGUAAUGAAUUAUUCUCGAUAUUGUGUACAAAAGAUAAAAAUGAAUUUUCCAAACAAAUUCAAGAUAUAUUUAAAGAAAUGAUGGUGGGUGAACCUUUUGUUCCUCUUUGUACUCAUUUAGUAGCCGAGACUGAUACAGAAAAUAUGGAAUUAAAUAGUAAAAGUACCACUUUUGAUGAAUCAUUAAAUGUUAACAGUGUUGCAAAUAUCACAACUAAAGUUGAAAAUGAAAAAGAGCAAAAUGAAUAUUUUUCAAAAUUAAGUGAAACAGAGCAACCAAUUCCAGAUAGUAAUACUAUGUGUAAAAGUGAAAAUAUAGUAUUGAGUAAAAAGGAAAAAAAAAAAAAUAAUAACCAAAAAAAUCCAUCAACACAAAAAAAAAAUAUUAAAAGUAAUAUCAAAAUUAGGCUUACUUUUAGGGAUUUAAUAAAUUCUAACAAACCAAUAAAUGAACUUUUGGAGUCAAAAGAAUUUAGAAAUUUACGUUUUUUCAACGAAGGAGAAAUUGCCAGUUCUAUUGGUGUGUUACUUUUUGAAAAAAUGAUUGCAGUACCUAUUAUUAAUGGUUUGGCACCUUUUAAAAUUGACUAUUCUCAAUUAGAAAGUCCUCAACAAAUUGAGCGGCUAAGGGAAAUAAAUUUACAUAUAGAAUGCCCCACAAUAGUUAAGUUAACUUCACUUACUUUAGCAUUAGCCAAAAUGAUAAGAAAGGAUUCAUUUAUUUAUUUGGUAUUAAGUGUUAUUCGAAAAAAUGUUUUGAAUAAAAAAAUGAAUAUGAAUCAUGCAAUUGACAACUUAAUAAUAACUAAUACAACAUAUUUUGUCGAUAUAUGUGUUCGAUUAAGACUUUUAAAGACACUUCAGACAUUUAUUUUUGAUUCAAUGGUUAUAUUACCAAAUAAAUACUGUUGUGUAAUAUUCAUAUCAUUAUUAAUGUGGAAAAAUUGCCUGCCCAUGCGAAUAAAUGAUGAAGAAGAUCCAGUUCUAGUAAGUGUCAUAUCAUGUAUAAUAGCUAAACAAAAGUUAUAUUCUGAGCAAAUUGCUGGUUGUGACAUUUUUCAACGUGAAUUGAUUAAUUUAUUAUCUAUUCAUUUCAAUUACUCAUUUAACACUGAUUUACCUGUAAAUUUUAUACAACAUAUAAACAAGCCAGAUUUUUUUGUAUCCAUUGUUGUUUUUUUGAAGUGUUGUAAAUCUAAAGAUAUGGUUGAGUUUAUUUUGAAUUGCCUAUUUCCAGCCUUGGAGUAUUAUCUAAAUACUCAAAUAAACGAAGAAAAUACUCUUAAAAUUAUGCAGUCAAUAAUCAUGUCUAUCAAGCCUUUUAGAACAUCAUGUAAUGCUAUAAUAGCCACUUAUUUAAAUAAGUAUAAAAAUUCUCUUAAUACAAAAAAAAGUGAAAAAGAACAUAUUUACAUUACUAUUUAUAAUAGUUAUAAAAUACUGCAGGAAAAGUUUAUUGAAUAUUUAAAAGAUAGUCGUAUACGAUCUAGGUUAUUUGAAGAAUGUCUUAUAACUAUUGUUAUGGUGUUGGGAUCAGUUGACUAUGCUUCAAGUACUAUAGCAAUAAUGAAGUAUCAUCCAAAAUACAAACCUUCUUCAGGCUUAUUGAAAAAGUACAUUGUUUAUAAAUCAAUUUUAGGCCCAGAUUUAUGGGAUAAAUUAACAAAGAUGGAUGAUGUAAACAUGAUUAAGUGUAUUAUUAAUAGCGCUGUUUUAAAAAUAAAGAAUUUUAGCGAUAUUAUGUUAAAAUUGCAUACUCUUGUAAAUAGCUUAUGUUUAACAUAAUUAUAUUUUAUUGACUUUUAAUAUAUUAAUUUAUUGACUGUGAUA